AUGGCAGACGACCAGGGCUCCGGUGGGCAGCAGCUCCCACUCCGCCCUCGUUCAUCGCGCCCCAAAAUGUCGUCGCCAACUCGCCAGCGCAGCCCCUCCAGGGCGACACCCCGUCGCAGCUCGUCGCACCCGCCCAAAAAUAUCGAUGCUGCCGCCAGCCAGCAGACCCCGAACAUCUCUCGAGCCUCCGCACCACCCUCAUCCGCCGCGCGCUUCUCCAUCCGAACACCCGGCAACCAGGUUCUCGACUUCCGAUCGUCACGCCACCUGCUCUCCGCCUCGGGCCGCAAGGGAGCAGGAGCAGGCAGUGCAGUCCCCACCCAAUUCACCCCCCAUGGCCGUGCCGCCAUCCGCGCCUUGGACUCGCGACGCGCAGCUAUCAACGAGAUCAACACCCCGGGCCGAAACCGUCGGCGCUCCGUACGUGACCAGAGAGAGACGCCACGGGAUGCGCUGCGAGCCCUGAGCCGUGCACUUGCGCCCAAGAGCAAGACAAUCACGACGUCUUCGAGCUCGUCACCGGAUGACCCUAACAACAAUAGCACGCGCAAGCGUGGUGGACGCAGCCAGGGCCGUAGUAGGAAAGGCGGCCCGGUUACGAUACCCGAAGACCCCGAUGAUAGCGAUGAGUUCCCCAUCGACAGACCGCGGCUGUCGCUGCCGAUCGACGACGUUAGUGACGACGAUCUCCGACCGCCAAGGACGUCCGGCCUGGAAGACCUCGAGGACAACUUCACAAUGCAGAGCAUAGAGCUGCCCCGCAGGCAGACCCUAGACAAUCAGUCGAGGUAUUCGAUGCGCAUGAGUGACUAUGGACCUAUGAACGAUCUCCCGAGCGACGACGAUGUCGGUGUUGACUCGGCCUUCUUCCCUCGGGCCAACUGGGAUGGAGAUGAAGGAGAUGAUUCUGGCAUGGCGGGCCUCGGCGACGACGAUGCUACUCUUGAAAGGAUUGACGAUGAUGAGGCUGGUCGCAGGGAGACGCUGGGAAGCUUUGGGGCGAUCGAGGUGAAUUUUGACGAGGCCGACCAAAGCACAGUCAUGCUGCAGCCACAGGUCGAGUCGAGUCCCAGGAGGGAAAGCUUCUCAUCCCCACGGAAUGAGGCUUUUGGGAUGGAUGACGCUCCUCUCCCUGAGGAGAUGGAGGUUGAGGAUGACACCAACCAGUGGCUGGGUCUGCGCGGUGACGGCGAAGCUGAAGCUGAAGGUGAUAGUGACAUUCAUCUCGGUGACUUCGCCUCGGACGCAGCCAUCGCAGAGGUCGUCGGACAAAUGACAAAGUCAUCAAAAUCAAAUCGAUUCAAGAAGCCCGGCAAGAAAAUCUCACAACACGGCAUCGAGUACCCCUCGCUUCCUCCAGGAGUCGUCAAGCGAGUCGCCCAACGCUUUGCCGGCAAGUCCAAGAUCUCGCCAGACACAUUGGCAGCCCUGGUGCAGGCGUCCGACUGGUUCUUUGAGCAGCUCGGAGACGAUCUAUCCGCAUACGCCAAACAUGCGGGUCGGAAGACGAUCGAGGAGAGUGACAUGUUGACUUUGAUGAGGAGACAACGGCAGAUCAAUGCCAGCACUACACCAUUCGCGCUCGCACAGCGUUAUCUGCCACGAGAGCUCUUGCAAGAGCUGCGAAUGCCUCCUCCAGGACGAGUCAAGGCGAAGAAGCGCCAAAGGUCCCCAUCGACUGGUGAGGAUGGCGAUGUGACAUGA